GCCGCGCGGCCUCGCGCCCCGGCGCGCCAGCCGCCGCCGGCCGCGGCCGGCGCGCGCCCGGCAUGCCGAAGAAGCCCACCAAGGAGCAGCAGGAGAUCGAGGAGCUGAAGGCGCAGCUGGCGAGCCGGGAGGAGCAGCUCUCCCAUGGCCAGAACGAGCUCCAGGCCGAGGCCCGCCGGGCGGCCGAGGCGGCGGAACAGGUCGAGGCGCAGCAGGCCCUCCUCCGCAGCGAGGCGGAGCAGGCCGCCGACCUCCAGAGGGGCCUCGAGAGCCAGAUCGCCGCGGCGCGGGACGAGGCGCUGCAGGCGCGGGGCGAGGCGGAGCAGAGCUCGGAGACGCGGGCUCAGGAGGCGGCCGCCGCGGCGCAGGCCCUGGCCGAGCGCAGCGAGCUGCAGAGCCAGCUGGAGGAGCUGCAGCGCCAGCGCCGGGACGCCGAGAGCGAGCUGCAGGAGAUGCAGCAGGACGCGACUGCAGCAUCCUCGCACCCCACGACGAUGCUCGACGUCGCGAUCGGAGAGUGCGAGUUCGCCACCGCCUUCGCCUACUUCGUCACCGUGGAGCUCCAGAGCACCGGGGAGAGGCGGAGCACGGACACGGCGAGGUACUCGCAGCGCCCCGUCUUCAGCCAGCCGACGUUCCUCCUCAGCCUGCCCGACUCCCCCGAGCAG